AUGGAGGAGGCGGAGGGAGCACGUGCGUUCGUGUACGAGGACGAGGACGAAAUGAACUGGCGCAAGAUUGUGCUACUGUAUGUAUUAAUAUGUUUUUGUGUGGCUAGGUUGGACCGCAGGCCUUUGGAGCUGCAGCCUUGGGCCGAAGACAAGCCGUCUUUCUCUGCAGAACUCGACCGUUUCAUACUUUAUAUCAGUACAACCACAGCAUGGACGGCGGGGAUGAUUUUUUUCCUCGGGACCGUGCCGUCUUUCGCCUGCGACGCCCACCACUUUGAUCACAGUGGCGCAGGUGCGUAUUUUGGUCGCCGAAGCAACACCUUUGACCCGGUCGCCACGGCGACCCAGCACAGAAUGUAGCUGUAGUGGCGGACGCCGCCGAGGAAGACGCACAGCAGGCACCACGCCGGCACGUUGGUCGACAUCAUGGCCGAGCUGGGACAUGCCACGGUCCACUUCCUGUACAUUCACCUCGUGUGCGCCAAAUGGUGCGUCUUCCAGAACUGGAUCGAAGCUGGAACACUGCAUCACGUGCACCACGUGGUGGCCCGGGUGCACCUGCAGUGGGCCAGAUUUGAUGUGGGGGUUGGGGGGGGGGGUUCCGCCGACGAGCAAGUGCUGCGCUAUUGGUUCAGCGUGCUGCAGGGGCUGCGAGCCACCGGGCUGCGGCUGGUGCGCAGCAGCGGCGGCGAGGGACGCCGCGUGCAUACACGUGAUGGCGGCAACGCCCGCAGCUCUUACACGCUUAGCUUCGUCAACACCAGAACAAUGACGUCCGUUAGCUCAUUGUACGUUUCAUUAUGCAUGCAAAAAUAUAUUUCUGAAAAGCUCUCAUUUGGCCACAAAUGAGUAUUCAUCGUUUUAAAAGCCUAGAGAAAUAACAUUCUUUUUUUUUUUUUUUUACAUCAUGAAUUUCGGGUGUUUACAUUUUUUUUUUAUUUUGGCCUUUUGACAGGGAUAUGAAAAUAUUGAAUUUGUAUUGGACGAAUGUUGUAAAAUUAUUAUUUUUUCAAUAUUAGAGAUGUUCGAUACCAGUACGGGUAUUCACUCUUAAGUACUCCCCAAUCAAUUACCGAUACCGCUCGUAGACUUAUGAUACAUAAAAUGUCAAUUAACACAAUAAUUGUGAAUGACAACCUUUCUGACGCUCUGAUUUAUUAUUUUUUUCUUCCAGUAUCGGUGGCUGUUAUCGGCAUCUUUCACAAGCACCCGAUACCAUGCAGAUACUCAUACCUGGUAUAUUACUAU